AAUGCAGGGGGCCCGGGUUCUGUCUCUCGUUGGGGAACUAGAUCCCACGUGUAUGCUGCAACUAAGGAUCCCGCAUGCCGCAACUAAAGACACGGCAUGAGCCAAAAAUAAAUAAUAAACAAAUAAAUAUUAAAAAAAAAAUUUAUGGGCAGCCACUGUAGUUUUGGAGAUGACAGGCAUCUAACAAACCGAGUGCUGAGCCUGGGCUAUGCAACAAAAUACACAGCUCGAUCCAAAUGCCUUACUGAAACACCUAAGGGAUAUCUCAGAUGGUUAAACCAGCAGACCCGUUGGAGCCAGUCCCGCGUCCGAGAGUGGCUGUACAAUGCAGUGUGGUUUCAUAAACAUCACUUGCGGAUGACCUAUGAAGCAGUCAUCACUGGGUUCUUCCCUUUCCUUCUCAUUGCCACAGUAAUCCGGCUCUUCUACAGGAGUAAAAUUUGGAACAUGCUCCUUUUCUUGUUAACUGUCCAGUUAGUGGGUCUCAUAAAAUCAUCUUCUGCCAGCUGCCUUAGAGGAAAUAUCAUCAUGGUCUUCAUGUCCCUCUACUCAAUGUUAUACAUGUCAAGUUUACUUCCCGCCAAGAUGUUUGCAGUUGCAACGAUAAGCAAAGCUGGGUGGGGCACAUCUGGAAGGAAAUCCAUUGUUAAUUUCAUAGGACUCAUUCCAGUAUCAGUUUGGUAUACAAUCCUCCUGGGUGGUGUGAUUUUCACCAUUUAUAAGGAAUCUAAAAAGCCAUUCUCAGAAUCCAAACAGACAAUUUUAAUUGUUGGAACAUGUCUCUAUGCAUGCUAUUGGGUCAUGUUUUUGACACUGUAUGUGGUUCUCAUCAAAAACUGUGGCAGGCGGAACACGGGACAACAGUAUGACAUGGUGCUUGAUGUAUGAUCUUACAUUUGAUGUUUGUAGUUACAGAUGCAGACACACACAAAACCUUAGUUCCUCUAGGGACUGUACGGUUGUGGCAUCAGAUAAUGCCACCAAAGGAGACACAUCACUGCUGCUGGGACUUGAACAAAGACAUUUGUAUGGGUUUAUUUUAAUUCUGCCAAAGUAUAAUGAUACAUGAAGAAGAACUCACAUUUAAUCUGAUACUUCUAUGAAAAUGGGAAGAAUUCUUUGUUUAUGCACUUUUUCCUUAUUGUACAUCCGCCUAACAG